AUGGUGCCCGGGGCGCCCGGCGCGGCCCUGACCCUCUGCCUCUGGCUGGCGGCCUCCGGGGGCUGCCUGGCUGGCGGCCCCGGCGCCGCGGCUGCUCGGCGGCUGGACGAGUCCCUGUCGGCCGUGAGCGUCCAGCGCGCCCGCUGCUCCUCCAGGUGCCUCAGCUUGCAGAUCACGCGCAUCUCCGCCUUCUUCCAGCAUUUCCAGAACAAUGGUUCCCUGAUUUGGUGCCAGAAUCACAAGCAAUGUUCUAAGUGUCUGGAGCCCUGCAAAGAGUCCUGGGACCUGAGGAAGCAGCAGUGCCAGACCUUCUGUGAGCCUCUGUUCCCCAAGAAGAACUACGAAUGCUUGACUAGCUGUGAGUUCCUCAAGUACAUCCUGUCGGUGAAGCAGGGCGACUGCCCGGCUCCUGAGAAAGCCAGCGGAUUUGCCGCCGCCUGUGUAGAAAGUUGUGAAGCUGACAGUGAGUGCUCUGGGGUGAAGAAAUGUUGUUCGAACGGAUGUGGACACACCUGCCAGGUGCCCAAGACACUGUACAAAGGGGUCCCCCUGAAGCCCAGAAAAGAGUUACGAUUUACAGAACUGCAGUCUGGACAGCUGGAGAUUAAGUGGUCCUCGAAAUUCAAUAUCUCCAUCGAGCCCGUGAUCUACGUGGUACAAAGAAGAUGGAAUUAUGGAAUCCAUCCUAGCGAAGACGAUGCCACACAGUGGCAGACGGUAGCCCAGACCACAGAUGAGCGGGUCCAGCUGACUGACGUACGACCCAGCAGGUGGUACCAGUUCCGAGUGGCGGCUGUCAACGUGCAUGGGACCCGAGGCUUCACGGCCCCCAGCAAACACUUCCGCUCCUCCAAAGAUCCAUCUGCACCGCCCGCGCCGGCCAACCUCCGGCUUGCAAAUUCUACCGUAAACAGUGACAACACCGUGACCGUGGCUGUGGUUUGGGAUCUCCCCGAGGAACCAGACAUCCCUGUGCACCACUACAAGGUGUUUUGGAGUUGGACGGUCAGCAGCAAAUCCCUUGUCCCCACAAAAAAGAAGCGGAGAAAGACCACGGAUGGGUCCCAGAAUUCCGUGCUUCUGGACAGACUCCAGCCGGACUAUGGCUACACCGUGGAGCUGCAGGCCAUCGCAUACUGGGGGCAGACGCGCCUGAAGGGGGCCAAGGCCUCCCUGCACUUCAUGCCCAUGCACGCCACCAGCCGCAAAGAGCAGCCUGGGAAAACCAGAAAGAGCGUGAUGCACAUGCAGCCUCCUUUCCAGCAACGACGGCCCGCGCGCCUCCUGGAAAUCGGAGCCCCCUUCUAUCAAGACAACCAACUGCAGGUGAAGGUCUACUGGAAAAAGACCGAAGAUCCCAGCGUCAGCCGAUACCACGUGCGGUGGCUCCCGGAGGUCUGUGCCCACAACAGAAGCAGCGGCGCCGAGACCUCGUCCGGCAUCACCCAGGACAAUUAUAUAAUUCUUCAAGAUCUAUCGUUUUCCUGCAAAUACAAGGUGACCGUCCAGCCGGCCCGGCCCGCGGGCCGCCUGAAGGCAGAGACCGUUUUCUUUACGACGCCUCCGUGCUCGGCCCUGAAGGGGAAAAGCUACAAGCACGUGAGCUGCCCGGGCGAGGCAGGUCACAUGCCGGUCAAGGUGCUCGCCAAGCCCGAGAACCUCUCUGCCUCGUUCGUCGUCCAAGAUGUGAACAUCACGGCCCACUUCUCCUGGAAGAUGGCCAAGGCCAACCUCUACCAGCCCAUGACGGGCUUUCAAGUGACCUGGGCUGAGGUCACGACCGAGAGCAGACAGAACAGUUUACCCAACAGCAUCAUCUCUCGCUCCCAGAUUCUGCCUUCGGACCAUUACGUCCUCACGGUGCCCAACCUGAGGCCGUCCACGCUGUACCGACUGGAAGUGCAGGUGCUGACCGCGGGAGGCGAAGGGCCGGCCACCAUCAAAACCUUCUGGACGCCCGACCUCAUGCUGCCCUCAGCGGACAGACCCCAUCUUAAACCUCGGCAUCCUCAUCAUUACAAGCCUUCUCCAGAAAGAUACUAAACAGCUCAAUGUCUGAGAAUCGAAGAACGAGCAAGCUGGUUGAGCUUCACGGUGCGGACGUGCUGCUACGAAGCCAGCAGGUGCCCUGCGUGACCUCCCUCUCCCGUGUAGCCUUGUGCUCUGGGUCCCUCUGCCCAUCUCAAUGCAGCUGGAAAGGAGUGACUCACAGCUGGUGGGGGUGGGCACCCACUUCCCAGAAUGGAGGCCCAUCGAGCCCGAAAUCGGAAUAUCCACGAAUGAACCUCUACUGAGUGAUUGCACAGACGAGAUCUCCCUGGAUUCGGAGCAGCAAAUUCUCAGAACAAAUCAGUGUAACAAAUACGCAGUGCAUACACAUACUAAGUAUAACGUAUAUCAAUAAAACAUUUUUAAACUAAAUAAUUGCUUUGAUUUGCAAAAUCAAAUAAGGUGAUGCAGUUUGUAAGCCCUGUGUAUUCAAAUCUUUUGUAAGAUGAUUUAUAUAAUGUGUGAUUUAUUCUUAACCUCAAACAUAUAGCAAUUAAGUUCCAUCUAUGACUGUCCACACCUGCAGCCCCUGAGCCCCGUUCACACGAAAGCAAACGAGCAUCGCGUGUGUGAGGUGUGCUUUACGAAAGGCUCCCAAAGCAGGGGGCAUUCAGCGAAUCCACUGCUAUCCACAGUCUGCCUCGGAGAAAUGAAAAGGCUUUUCUGGGGAUACGUUUUCAUGCUUCAUCCUACAAAAUGAGAGACCUUCCCGACACGUUUUCUUAUUUAUAUUUUCCUUUUUCCCUCCAUGCAGAAAAGAGCUGUUGGUACACUUUGUUCUACCACUUCAUGUAUCUCAAAAUUUACAGAGCCUCUUGCUUAAAGUGAGAAUCCCAACUGCUGAGUAUUUUCCAAUCACUAAGAUUUGCCUUUUCUUAAAGUAAGCUAUCUGAAUGCUAGAAUAUUCUCGGUAACGUCGGACAAGAGGCUUUGACGGAUAGAGGACAGCUAUAUGCUUGCCUUUAUUCUUUCAAAUCUAUUCUGUAGGACUGGUUGGCUCCAAACGACCCUUCCUAGCAUGGACUCGGGUCAGAACCCAUCAUCAGUCCAUGGUGCUGCCGAGCACUGGGGCAGCCUUCAACCCAGAAACAUUCAGUUUCAUCCAAGUUCUUCUUGAGGGAAUAGCCACGGAUGUGGUUUGGAAUAGGCAUCUAUGUUUGUGUGUCUAUGUACGUAUGUGCGCACGCACACACACACCUUGAGUGUGACUCACUGCGGAAAUUCUCUUCACGGCUCACCAGUGGUGCGGAAAGAUCCGGUUCUUGUAAAGGGAAGGGUCAUGUAUUUUUCCCGUCGGUGUUUAUUCUGUGAGGAAAGAGCAAUUUAUCAGCAUUUCAACAUCUUAAAGGAACGGCUUCCUCCUCUCAUUGUGCAGCUAACUCAAUCGGGGAAACAUCUGGGACCAUUUUCUUGGGUCACGAUGGUGGCACUGGGUACCUGCCGUGUUGUGGGUUUCUGGAAGCAUGCAGAUGCAGAGACAGCUCGAACGCCUUGACUUCACGAGUGUCUGAAGGCAAACGUGCCACAAAAUGGAGACAGAGUAUUUUUAUUAUCAGAUGGAUGCGUAUCUUUAGGAAAUGCGGUCUGUACGCAUGGAUAUGUGGAAACAGUAAAAACUGUCUCCUGGGUAGCAAAGAGUUACAAUGAUGAUGCGGGCAAUGUUUUGUAGCUUCGUACAAGUGACCCUCAUGGGAAAGACCAGCGUGAGGGUGCAUGGGCUUCCAAAUGCUUGUCCGCGGCUCCUGACGCAGUCUGGACGGACUCAGCCCCAUGUGGUCCGAGGUCCCCUGGUUUCUCACGGAGAGGACCGGAGAAGCACCCCUCAUUUCCAACUGCCCCAAGCUUGACCCAACACCACAGAUAUCUCCGCGGAAACUAGGAUUUAUACCAGUGUCAUGAGCUGCAUCUGAAUGUCAAAUUCUCAAAUUUUCACAAAUGAAGACGUCUAAUAUUGGCUACAAGUUUACCCUGAAUUUGUCACAAACAAAUCCAGUAUUUGUGCCAGCAAAUUUUUAUACUGUUGUAUAGUUCAAAAUGCAGGAGUGUACACAUAGAUACGAAAUAUUAAAUUAUUACAGAAGUUUGAUUUUAUAAGGUUUAGUUAUGUGUCUUUUGUCUGGGCAAUAGACAAUGAGCAAAUACAUUUUUAGUUUGGAUGAAGGUUCUGAAGCUUACACCUUCCUUACAAAAUCGAAAGCUGAUCCUGUGAGCAUCUCAUUCUGCAAUAACAAAACUUAAAUUUUAUUCACAUCAUUGGAAGAAAAAUGCCGUUAAUUAGGUGAUUAAGGAAACAGGACUUUCUUUUACGAAUUUCAACAACCUUCAAUAAUAUGCAAAUCGGCCAAAAUAUAAUUACUUUUUUUAAUUUAAAAAAUUUGAGUGCCCUAAUAAAGCGAUACAAUCUAUGGGUUUUUUUUCUUUAAACAUUGUUUUAGUGGCUAAGUCUCUAAUAUGUCUCAUUAAAAUUGUCUCUCAGAUGCAUUGUCUCUCAUAGGAGAAAAUAUAUAUUCAGUGAUAUAUACUUUUCCCAAUUGAGCCCAAAGUUCAAGUGUAAAGGUACGUCUGCGUGCUAGGAACCUGAACGAACCUCUAAGUAAUCACGCAGAGCGGGCUUUGUCCACGUCUGUGUGGCUGGCAGGGGUGCCCCAGCCGCGCACCAUAGGGAGCCCAGCAGCCGCCCUGGCCUCACCCACCACACGCCGGUGCCCCCAAGUUGUGACAGCCCACAGUCCUCCACACAUUGCCCACUCACACCUGGGGGAGUAAGCCUCCCCUGGUUGAGAAUCCGUGCACCAGAGAGGGAGUGAUCUUUACUAAACACGGGAGAAUCUGCCUCGUCUGCGGGACCCGGGAAACUGCAGGAGCCGAGCAACAGCCGGGAAAUUGGACUGCAAAGCCCUGAAUUGUGUCUUUCAUUGUGUCACUCAAACACCUGAUGGGAAGACUGAAUUCUGACGUGUGUCUCUGUCAUCCGAGUGCAGAUAUUUUUCUCCUUCCUGUCGGUCAGCAUCACUUGUGACAAUGACUUAUUUAUUUAGUGCCCUUUCUUACGCCUUGGGCCAUGGAUUUACUAAUUACAUUCACUCGUUCCCAGGACUGCAAAUAGCUCUCAAUCUUGUUACACAAACCCUCACAUUGUAACCAGCACACAAAGGCUGAAUAUCUGUUGCAUGUUCUUAUAAUUCAUUUAAAAUAAUAAAUGCAUAAAGAUGGUGACUGUUACCUAUGGUUGUGCAUGGCCAGACUCCGUUUCUUACCUCUACUGAGUAUUUUAGCAAGUUACACAAUUUACAGAGUAAUUAACAGAGGUCUGUAUGUAAUUAUUCUUUCUUUCCUUAAUUAUACUGUAGUAUGCAGAUAACAGAACAGCUACCUUCUCAUCCCAAUGGCCUAUAGAGAUCACAUCUCUUCUGGUCACUUCAAGUCAAUAUUUAUUUAUGUAUGUAAUAAAACAGUGAUUUUUGUGUGUGUCUGUCAUGUUAGAAGUAAUCUUGUAAAAAAAUUUUGUAAAAACGAAGUACUGUAAAUAGUCUGAUAUUCUGUGACUCAUUAUUUUCAUGUUAGAGUUUGUACAUACUGAUUCAGUAAUAAAACAUCCUUA